CUGUUCGUCCCAAAAAGGGGUCCCUGCCCGUCCAGCUGCAGAGUCUUUGCCCCUCGCCAUCUCAAUGCAGAGAAACACCACUGACGCGGUGCCACAUCAUGGCUUUGCUCCUCACGGCUCCUCUUCCCUCAGUGGCGCAUGCAGCUCCUGCUGUCAACCCUGCUUCCCCGAACUACGCCAUUAACAUACUCGUGCAUACUAUGCUAGUAUACUCUUUCUCCGACUCCCACUUUGGUCAAGUCUCCAGUCUUUACACUUCUUCUUUUUGUCAAGAGGCAAGUCCUCGGACCUGCCUCACAUGGACUGAGUCGGCUCUUCGGAUUUCGAUCGCACAGUCCGCGAGAUCCCUUCGGCCCACGGCUGCUGAAUCCCCCCUCCAUGCCCUGCAGGAAAACUGGCCAGCUCUUCCUGGCCUUCCGCCGCGCCUGUACCCGUACCCGUACCCGAGGCGAGACUAAAACGUGGACGGAGGAAGAGGUCGACAUACGAGUAGUGGUGAGUAUGCUGACUAUGUCCGAUCCUCCCUCCCCGAUCUAUCGUUUUGGUUUUACCUUUUGCCCCAGCAUUGACGUGUCCUGCAGUCAAUGUCUCUAUAUACACUUAUGCAG